GAACCCGCACGUGCCACGGAGGACGAGGCGGCGGCAUUGGAAGCGCAGUUGCUCCAGUUUGCGCAGGCCCAGGCGGCGAACGCGGGCGGUGCGCGCACGCCUUGCCACAGAGCCAUGGGUUCGCAGCCAUGCGCGCCCGCGCAGACGGUGAACGCCCAGUGGUUUGCACAGUGGCAAGCGGCCCAGCUGGCCGCCCAGCAGGCAGCUGGCACUACUGGGCCCCUGGCGGUAGAGGCGCCGCAGUCCUACGAGCAGAAGUGUGCGGCCGUCAACCGACAGCUGUUCUUGCUCGGGAUGGGAGUGGGCCAG